ACCAAACGUCACCAUCGUAUACGAAUCUCAUCCAACAUCGGAAGCAAAUGAAAUGGCACCGAGGACUGAAUACCAAUUACCGCCGGAUGAGAAAUGGGAAAUUCCUCGAGAAAACGUUGUUCUGGGCGACUUUCUAGGGGAAGGAGAGUUUGGAAGAGUUGUCAAGGGAAAUGUUUCAGGCCACUUACAGCAACACAUUGGCACAACAGUAGCAGUGAAAAUGUUGAAAAAUACCCACAAGGACAAAGAUUUGGUUAAUUUAGUAACAGAGAUGGAACUGAUGAAACUAAUCGGCAGACAUGACAAUGUACUUAGCCUACUCGGAUGUUGUACGCAAGAUGGACCAUUGCUCAUCGUGAUCGAAUACUCUCCUCAUGGAAAUUUACUCGAUUUUCUCAGAAACCACUACCAACCUGCAGAAUCCAGCGAAAAUGACCUGUCUGAAAAAGUUCAACUUACAUUUGCUCUACAAAUAGCCAGAGGCAUGGAAUACUUGGCUUCUAUAAAAUUGAUUCACCGAGACCUCGCUGCUCGAAAUAUCCUGAUAUUCGACGAUUAUGUGCUGAAAAUAGCUGAUUUUGGAUUAGCCAAAGAUAUUCGAAAUGCUGACUACUAUAAACAAAAGACCAAAGGUAGAUUACCAGUGAAAUGGAUGGCACCUGAAACCUUAACUCACCGACGUCAUUCCACACAAUCUGAUGUGUGGUCGUACGGCAUUCUACUGUGGGAAAUCGUGACCUUUGGGGCAGUUCCUUACGCUACCUACGACGAUGCAGAAAAAUUACUGCAAGAUAUUGACUCGGGGUACCGUAUGAAAAAACCAAAAGAUUGCUCAAUGGACACGUAUUGCCUAAUGGUGAAAUGCUGGAACCAUUUGCCAGAAAAUCGACCAGACUUCACAAGAAUCAUUCACGGUUUAGAAGCCAUACUAAAAAAGAUGGAUCCGGUAAUUGAAGAAUCGGAUUCGGAUUGCUCAAGCAUUAGCUCAGUAUCCAGCCACAAGGCAAAUGAAACCAAUAGUUUAUUGUCAGACACUUCUUGAAAAUAUGAAGAAUAGACGGAUUUUUUUUUUUUGCAAGCAUUUGAUCAUAUUUUAUGUGAACGAUCCUAGGCUAUAAAUUCAAUUUAAGUAAAUGUACAUAAUAUUUUGUCAAUCAAAUAUUCUCCUCUAAUACUGGUUUUAUGUACUCGUAUGUAGAUGUA